AAAAAAUUCUGCAUUCCUCCAAAGUCAGCGAACCCCCAGAGAACGGGGCUGCACCCCUGGGCAGUUCCUGGAUGGGGUGAGGAGCCCGAAAUCCUCACCUGGGCGUGCUGCGCUGCCUUGCACAACUCCUGGAGGUUCCUGCCCUGCCGGGAACCGAGGCUGGCACGGCUGGCAGCUCCGGCAGGGUAUAAAAGGUGCCAUCCCCAGCUCGGCAUCACCCGAUCCUCCUGCUCCUUCCUCUGCAGAGCCCAGACCUCCUCCAAGGAUGAAAACCGACCUGGAGCUGGCGCUGGAAUGCGCCGUCAACGUCUACCACCAGUACGCCAUGAGGUACCCCAUGGACGACUACCUGAGCAAGGAGGAGUUCUCCAGCCUGCUCAAGGACACGGCCGAGCCGUUCCUGAGGAACACGGUGCCGCCCAAAACGACCAUUGACAGCUACAUCCAGCAGCUCUUCACCAAGGCCGAUGCCAACCACGACGGCCGCCUCAAGUUCACCGAGUUCCUGACCACGCUGAGCCUCGUGGCCAUCGAUGCCCACAACAGGUCCCACAAGGGCCCUGGUGAUGACCAUGGCCAUGACCACGGCCAUGACCACGGGCAUGGGCACAGCCACCGUCGCUGA